UGGUAAUACAACCCAACCCAACCCAACCCCGUCGCUAUAGCAGUCUUGAAAGCCUUUGAGAGGAAUUUAACGAUCCGUUCCUUCCAAGUGAAUUCGAAGAGAAUAUUAGAAACAGUCCACGCACUCACGCAACACAUACUACAUACAAAGUAUUUAGUCAGAAACCAUGACCGACUUUGCGCCAAUCGUCCCGGUCGGCAACGACAUCCUCGACAUUGGAAGCCGCAAGGCCCGAAGACAACGGAAUGCCGAUCCUAUGGCCCCGUCCGCGGCAAUGCUGAUGGGGGCACCGGCACAAUUCGACGUUCCCAACGUUUCCAACGUACGUUUCUUAUUCAUGGAUAAACAAUCGCCAUGGCCUUGUAUGCAUUUGAUCCGAUCCGAUCUCACACUAGCUCUUGUUGUUUGCGUUUGGCAUCCGAAACAUGCGCUUGCGCAUUGCUGUGUAUCCUUGCAAAUCGCUUGCGUGUCUGGAUGCGUUUCUGCCCCUAUCCGUCGGCCCGUUUUGCGACAUCAUAUUUCCUUUGCUGAACACCGCAGCCCGCCUAUUACUGCCGCAACAACUUCGCCUCGGUGUGCGGAACGGGCGACGAAAACCAGGAUGUCAAGUUCAUGAAGGGAACCACCACCCUCGCCUUUAAGUUUCAGGGUGGCGUCAUCGUCAGCGUCGAUUCUCGUUCGACCAUGGGAGCCUACAUUUCUUCGGGAACCGUAAAAAAAGUGAUCGAAAUCAACCCCUUCUUGCUGGGAACCAUGGCCGGUGGUGCCGCCGAUUGCUCCUUUUGGGAACGCAACCUCGGAAUGGAGUGCCGUCUGUACCAGCUCCGAAACGGCCGCCGCAUCUCGGUGGCCUCGGCGUCGAAGCUCCUUGCCAAUGUCAUGAGAUCCUACCGCGGAUACGGAUUGUCGAUGGGCACCAUGAUUGCCGGGUGGGACGAGAAGGGACCCCAGCUGUACUACGUCGACGACGAUGGCACCCGCCUGAAGGGUAAGAUGUUUUCCGUCGGCAGUGGUUCCACCUACGCCUACGGUGUCCUCGACAACUACUACCGGGAGGACCUGACGGUGGAAGAGGCCAUUGACCUUGGCAAGCGCGCCAUUUACCACGCCGCCCACCGCGAUGCCGCCUCGGGAGGAAUCAACAACCUGUACCACAUGACGAAGGACGGCUUUGUCAAGAUUCAUUCCAUCGAUGUCAACGACAUGCACUACGAGUUUGCGGAAGAACGGGCCAACGCAAUGUCGUCGUAGGAAUGUUGCGCACUGAUUUUGUGUGGAACCAGGCACUUGUUACUUUUGGCAGCGGAAAGAUAACAUUGUUUAGACAACAAUACGAACUGUAAUAGAAAGACAUGAAAAUUUAAGAUCCGGGCCGCCCCAACGAUAGAAACCGCACGGUUACGAAUCUGAGCGAGAACGGACCAACGGAAUGUCGUCGUAGUAAACCUGCAUAGUUCUCGCUGUUUUCUCUGCCCCAGGGAUAGAUAGACAAACAACACGUAGUGCAAAACUCUCUACAUGACAGGUUAGUCAGAGAUGUCCGAA